ACAUUCUUGUUAAUUAUUUGUAAUAUCGUAUUAUCUGUACUCAAAAUAUAAACACGAGCAAGUGAACACGAAUAAAAUUGUUUAUCGAUUUGAAGACUUUGAUUUUGACACUGACAGAGUUUGACCAGGAAGUAAACUGUUCACAAUGAGUGCAGCUAGCUGAAGUAGGUUAAGAUCAUUAAUAUACUUUAUUUCAUUGACGUUACACUAUUCCGAGCUAUUUAAAUGGAGUUUCAAGAAAGGUGAUGGAUUGGGAACAACUUGAGCUGAAUCCAAGGAUUAUUGCUGCUGUGAGAAAAGCCAAUUUUAGAUCAGCGAAGGACAUCCUCUGUAUCUCGGGUCCAGAUUUGCAGAGACUGACGAACUUGUCAAAGACUGAUGUUCAGCGCCUGCAUCAUGCUAUUGCAGCUGAUCUCCGCAGAUCCUCACCUGUCACAGCCUUGCAACUGAUCCGGGGAGAAUGUCCUGCUUUGGAGCCUGGACAUAGGCUUUCUUUUGCCUGCCCCAUUUUGGACGGCCUGAUGCGUGGUGGUCUCCCCCUGCGAGGGAUAACAGAGCUUGCAGGAGAGAGUGCUGCUGGAAAAACUCAGUUUUGUUUGCAGCUUUGCUUGUCUGUCCAGUAUCCACAGGAUAACGGGGGGCUGAACUCAGGAGCUGUCUAUAUUUGCACUGAGGAUUCCUUUCCUAUCAAGCGGCUACAGCAACUCAUUUCCCAUCAGCCUCGGCUCAGACCAGAUCUUCCUCCAGCUCUAAUUCAUGGCAAGCAUUUUAGUGACAACAUCUACAUCGAGCAUGCAGCUGACUUGGAGGCUCUACAGGUAUGUGUGUCUCAGCGUGUGCCUGUGCUGCUGAAGAGAGGUCUGGUUAGACUGGUGGUGGUGGACUCAGUUGCUGCUUUGUUCCGUAGUGAGUUUCAGGCUGAUGAGGCUGUAAAGAGGUCACGCCACCUGCUAGCUUUUUCCAGCACGCUCCACCGCCUGAGUCAUACAUAUGGUGCACCUGUACUUUGCGUCAACCAGGUUACAGAUGUUGUGGAUGGACCAAAUCCCGGAAGGUGUGAUUAUGGGCUGGUGGGGAGUAAGGUGCUUCCUGCAUUGGGCAUGGCUUGGGCUAACCAAGUGAUGGUGAGACUCAUGCUCCGGAGACUGGCGGGGUCUGUAAAAUUAGACAGCCGAAGCAGUGCUCCCCGAAAAUUAGAGGUAGUGUUUGCUCCACACCUCCCUCGAGCAAGCUGUCUAUGUGGGGUUUGGGAAGAAGGAGUGAGAGGAAUCCCUGAUGAUGGAUUGGAACUGCAACCACAGAGCUCUUCAUGAUGAAAUCUCCUCAGUGCCAGAGAGACAACAGUUACAGAAUUAUGGCAGUUGCUAGUGGACAUUAUAAAAGGAUAUUUGACAUUUUUCAGAUGCUCAAGAAAAAUCUGAGGAAUGGCUAAAAACAUUUUUAGCAUUUAAAAACACACUAACAACAUUUGUUGCUAAUAUUUUGUUUAUAGAUAUUAAAUGCAAAUAAUUUUGUUAACUAUAAUAAUAUAUUUAUUAUCAAUUAAAAAAUGUUUUUUUAUGCUCAUGACACAAAGAAUAAACUUUUUUUUUUAUUUUGGUUGGUUUUAUUUUUUUCCUAUAUACAUGUCAGAACAUUAUUGCUACAUCACAGCUG